AUGGCGCGGCCAACACGAGACUCUGCUGGAGCAUUGAGCAGGCUGGAGAGUCAGUUUGGGUCAGCUGUCCUGGCCAUGUCAUCUCUCAACCUCUUGUGCACCCCCAGCCUACUUGUUGGGGGUGAUAGCGGAGAGCAGAGUGAGAAAAAGAGACGGCCUUGCAAGCACUGUUCAGCAACAGCUAAAACAUUGAAAACACACCUGAAAAGUAUUUGUCUGCAAUAUCAGCUGUAUCUUCUCCUGAACAGCCAUUUCUUUUGCCUUUUAAAGAAUGAGAUGGGACUAAUCAUCUUCUUCCUAUGUGCUUAUGUACCAAAGACAGCAGCAGGUCAUUGCAAGUGGGCGGAAGUUCUGAAAGAUUUGGAGCAGAUCAAGACAUCCAAAGACAUUGAUGUCAGUUUAUAUACUGCAAACACAGAUGAGGAUAAAGAAUGCCAAGAACCUGUAAUGAGAUGCUUUUUGUUAGAGACGAAAGUGAUUCUUCAGGAAUGUCUUAUCAAAAAUUGUAGUAAAACACAGGAUGUAUUGAACAUAUGGAAAAAUGGAAACGCAAGCUUAGAAAAUAACAAAUUGAAUUCCACAACAUCAGCAAAAUGCAAAGAAUGCGAAGAGUAUGAAGAAAAAAAUUUUACAGAAUUUAUAGAGAGUUUUGUAAAGGUUAUACAGAAGGAAUGCAAGCACUGA